UUAUUUCUUUCUACUCUGUUUUUCUUUAUUUUUGUUGCAUCAGUGUUUUCAGCUUGAUGAUUGUUUGAAUUCUUCAAUUGUCUGAAUUUCUGUGUCCCUUCUUUAUUUUUUAUGGUUGUUUUCAUAUUUUUUUUUCUUGUUUUUCGAUCUUUUUGGCAUUUUUGGCAUAUUUUUCUGAGUGUUGGUUAAAUGAAAUACUUUGUUAUGUUUACUCUGAUUAAAUUGGUACGUUAUAACUUCUUAACUACUGAUGGCCGUUAAUUCUUCUUUAUUUGGCUGAAUCAUAUCAGAUAUCAUUUUUUCAUAUUGAUCUAUCUAGUUGAAUUUAUGGAAUAUCUGACUUAAUUGAAAUAUUUAUCUACGUUAAUGUGGUUUCAUAUUUGGUUUUUCCAGUCGAUCGGGGUGUAUGUGUUGGUUGAGAAAAUUAAUUUUGGAUGGUGUUAGGUCCCACGGCUCGAUCUUAGUACAUUUACUGCCGCAUUCCAUUUAUCGACUUCUUAGUCCGUUAGAUGUGGUUAUUGUAAUGUACAUGGCUUUUCUUUAAUAUAUCAGUAGAAUUUUCAUUUCUGGAAAGGUUUCUGCACUUCGAGAGAUCUCCUUUUUUUCAUUUUCUUAUAUGCUGAUUCUUUUGCUAUAUAAUCCUCCGAAAGAAGUUGAUUGUCAGGAUUUGCUCAUCAAAGGUCAUCCAUGCAAAAAUCUUUUACCACUACGAGUUAUCUUGUAUAUCAAUAUCUUCAUCUUAAUUUCAUGCAUUUAGUGGUAUCUCUUGUGAGGUUUGUAGAUAUUCAUUCAUUAGCAUUGCUGCUCUUGCUGAUGGAAAUAUAUUUUUGUAACCGAUUGUGAUUGUUUUUGGCAGAGGAUGUGGUACGAUGCAAAAACUCUCUCUCUCUCUCUCUCAUCUUUAUAAUGACAUGUUACAAAUCGUAAAAACACUUCUUUUGUCGUCAAGUUUAAAUCAAUAGGAAGUGUGAUCUCUCGGUGAGUAAUCAGAAGAUUAUAUUUGUUUUACCAUAUUUCAUCUCUUCUUGGAGUUUAUCUAUUCAGUAUUCCACGGCUGGUUUUUGAUUCUCGCUCUACUUCUUACAUGUCUAUCCCUGCAUAGAAAAUUGGUCCCUUUUAUUUUUUUGAUACUUUUAUCGAUUCUACAGUCCUAUUUUACUCCCUUCAUACUAACAAUUGCAUUUUCUCAUCCAAAUACAGGCAUCCCAUGCAAAAUGGGGCACCGAAAUACUCAGUUUAACAAUCGUAUGAUCGAGAUGCAAGCCGAUCAAGGCCAUCAUAACAUCCACCUUAAUCCUGAACCGUGCAUUGCCUACUCGAAUUUACCAAACUACCCCCACUGGAAUAUCAACUUCCUUCCUCUUCCCGAACAACAUCACGAAAAUCCCUUGUUAAAUCCCAUGCCUCAGCACAACCUCGACCUGAAUGUCUCCCCACCCACCGUCCAUUACAACAACAAUCCGUAUUUAACACUGCCAGCUGGCGUUAGAGAGUUUCCUGUUCAAUUAAACCACGCUUAUAGUGACAGUAUGAUGGGCCCGUCCAAGAGAAAGAAUUUCGAGGGGCCAUCCUCUAAUCCCCAGUUCCAAAAUGCUCAGGUGGGGCCCAGCUCUUCUGAGACUGAUGUGGUUGAGAAUGGGCCCACACGAAGUGUGAGGAACCGGGCUCGUGUGGUGGGGCCCGAUCAAGGUUACGCUAUGCCACCUGUCCAGUUGCCGGGCAACCCGUGGUGGGGACAGCCUACAUCUAAUUUUCCAUAUGUGCACGUACAAGAAGUGAAGAAACUACCCUCUGGGAAUGGUACAAGAAGUGAAGAAACUACCUUCUGGGAAUGGGUUAAUUGUAGGAAAACCUUGAGAAGUUUCGAUAUUGGGACCUUUGAAGCUAACGCCAGUCGAGCUUGCCUUGAAUCCGGGAAUACAGGUGUUCAAGGCUAUCCAGUGGCACUGCAUAUGCAAAGGCUCGGAGGAUACAAUGUGGGUCAGCCAUGGCAAAUCACAACUCCUUCACAUGGAAUCCCAACGGUUAGGUAUUCGAAUACAAACACAGGUCUUUUUCGGGAUGCUGUGGAAGCUGGGCCCACAUUUCUAGCCCAAGUACCGUGUACGGGCUUCCAUAUCUAUGGGCCCCACCAAGGGGAAAUCAUGCUCGACCCGAACAUGAGGAAUCGAGGCUUUCCUCAGUUGAGAGUCUUGCCAGAAGAUGAGCUUCUUGCAUUGGGAGAACAAAUAGGCAGUGUGGGCAAUGGGUUAUCCGAGGAGUUCAUUAAAUACAAUUUGAAAACGCGAAGUUAUACUUUAGGGCCAUCUUGUAUCAAUCUCGAAGUUGUCCCUUGCCCUGAUCAGGAAAAGGUCAACUUUUGUGUUGUGUGCCAGAUGGAUUAUGAGUGUGGGGAAAAUAUUGGAGUACUCGACUGUGGCCACGAAUACCAUAGAGAUUGCAUAAAGAAGUGGUUGGUCGUGAAAAACAGUUGCCCUGUGUGCAAAUCCACCGCUUUGUGUGGCAAAGGGAAGGUUUUGGCAAUCGAUGAGCAUUGAUGUUAAAAUUGUUAUUUCAACAAAAACAUUCAUAAUUUUGAUUCUCUUACAAAUUAUUCUAUAAUCGAUGAGUGAACUUUCCUCGUCAGUGUAUUGUAUUUAUGUACAUGCAUUUAGAUUGUAUUUGGUGCUGCACUUGCACUCUUAUGUCUCUCAAAAAUUGUACAGAAUACAUCAUUGUUAGACUAAAUUUGAUAUUUUUGUGCAUUAAGGCAGUUAUUUAGGUCUUAGGUUAAUUGGCCAUUUUUUGGCCUUAUGUCUUGACUUCAGGGUUAUUGUAUUAUAUAGCACUGAUAUUGCACAGCAUAAUAUUGUUGAUAUUGUGAAGUGAAGAUAGGCUUUCAAUUGAAAAUCCUAU